GAAAUCAUUACUAAUAUUAAUAACAUAAUAAAAGAUUUGACCGAAAACAGCAUUCGCCAAUUUAUCCAAAAGUUAGCCUGGCGUGAAAGAAUUUCGCCCGAAAAAAUCCAAGAAAUUCUGGCGGCUGCUUUUCGAGACUCUUAUUGCCGAAACGGAAAUGAAGAGGCCGUUUUGCACUUUGAGUUUGACCACGAUUUGUUGGUAUAUCGUUGUUAUCAGAUUGUUAACCGUGUUACCAAUCCCCAAAAAGAAAUUACCAAAAAGAGUAAACUAAUUAAAGAAGGAGAGGUCAAAAAUGGUGUGCUUUUUUGGCCCCUUAAUACUAAAAAUUUUUCUUUUGCUGCGAGUCAAGAAAUUAAAAAGCAUUUUCUUCGUGAUUUACAAAAAAUUCAAAAGGAAAAAGAACAUGAAACUUAUUCGCCCUCAUUGGGACAAUUAGUGGUAGGUAAUUUACAAAGUAUUGAGCGUGAUUACUAUCUGUUUGAUUUAGGUAAAGGUCAUGGACAAAAAUUAACUUUUCUGCUGGAAAAAAUGGUGGAAGAAUCAACCGGACACCGAAUUAUUUUAACUCGCAAUAAUGAAUUAUUCUUAAGGAAAGUAUUAGAAUUAGAGAUACCCGAAAUCAAAGAAGGAAUUAUUGUUAUUAGAGAUAUUUUGCGUUUUCCUGGUUUUAUCACUAAGAUAGUUAUUGAAAGUAGAAAUCCACAUUUAAAUGCCGUAGGAACUUGCUUAGGUCAAGAUGGUUUACGUUUAAGAAGUAUUUCCCAAAUUAUUUAUCCCGAACGAAUUGAAAUAAUUAAGUGGAAAUUAUUACCGGAAGUCGGAAGAUAUUUAGGCAAAAAGAUUAUAGGGCAGACUUGGCAAG